AUGGCUUUAGAGCAAACACUAGCACUAUCAUCAACAGCUAACCUCUUCUUUUCUAUUCCAAAAAACCCCCUCACAAACAUCAAAAUCCCUAAUUUAUCCCUACACCCCCUCUCCUCCUUCUCUAAGAAGUCCCACCCCAAACGCAGCUUGAAAUGCUCCGCUGAUCACAGAGACCACAACUACAAUCAAACGGCUAUGCAUGCUAAACCUGCCGAUAUUCAAUGGAACAAGGAGCUCUGUAACUCGGUGCACCUCAUCGGCAUCGUGGGAACCCCUGUAGAAAUCAAGCACCUCCCCUCUGGCAAGGUAGUCGCCUGGACACGACUUGCUGUCAAGAAAUCUGCAACCGACACCUCCUGGAUCAAUUUGACAUUCUGGGAUGAGUUGGCGCAAGUUGCUUCUCAGCAUGUAGAGAAAGGCCGCCAAAUAUAUGUGUCUGGUCGACUGAUUUCAGAUUCAGUUGAAAAUGAUGACGGGAAGCUGCAGACCUACUACAAGGUAGUUGUCCAGCAGCUGAAUUUUAUUGAAAGAAGUUCUCCAACAGGACCAUACGACCGCGACUUUAAUAACAUGGCAGCUGGUAGAAAGUUUGGCAAUAACACUGCAAAUGACAUGGGUUCUACGGAAGAACGGUGGCAAGCAUUUUUUGCUAAUCCUUUGGAGUGGUGGGAUAAUAGGAAGGACAAGAGGAACCCAAAAUAUCCCGAUUUCAAGCACAAAGACACUGGAGAAGCUUUGUGGGUUGAAGGCAGGUACAAUCCGCCUUGGGUGAAGUCCCAAUUAGAUAUAUUGGAUGAAAGAAUGGAGUCUUUUCAUGAUCAGGACUCUAGCUUGCGCGUAAGUUCAAUCUCUGGCGAUGAUUUCAUUUCAUUGUCGUAG